AUGACGCAUGAUCAAAAAGUGGGUUGGCGAGAGAACUCCAAGAAAAAAGAAACACAGAGAAAAUGGGAACACUCGAUGUUUCUUCUUCGAAUCCUGCGAACAGCUCAAAUAUAUCGGCUGAAACCUACUCAACUAUAUAUUGAUAUUUUUGAUACGAGGAUUCGAGCGCUAUCAUUAACCAGCUGUAGAAAUACCGGGGACUACGAGUAUCAGGAUCCUAAAUCAGAAGAUGAAGUCGUGAAUGUGACGUUUGUGUUACCGGACGGAACGAAGAAGCACAUUCGUGGGAAAGUCGGUGACAACGUAAUGUAUCUUGCACAUAGACACGGUAUAGAACUGGAGGGUGCCUGUGAAGCGUCAUGUGCCUGUUCCACUUGCCAUGUAUACGUCGAUGAAAAGUAUCUCGAGAAACUUGAUGAACCGAAGGAGGAAGAAGAUGAUAUGCUUGAUCAGGCGCCGGCGCUGCGGCACAACUCUCGUCUUGGUUGCCAGAUCAAACUAAGAAAAGAUCUCGAUGGAGCCAUUUUUACUCUUCCACCUAUAACUCGCAAUUUUUACGUAGAUGGGCACGUUCCUCAACCACAUUAGAUUUGUAUAUGUAAGAUAUUUUGUUAUGAAUAGGUUAUCACUUGCUUGUGUUUG